GAGGACACUAUGGCGCGUUGUGCCGAACGAAACGGUUGUAAAUCCGAGUGAGACAGAGAUCAGAGACUCCCAAUACCCGGAGUGAAAACUCAAAUGGGGGUAAGAGGAGAGUGAGAGUAACAGGACAAACGUUGGGGAGCGGUAGUUUCGUGAGGUAGUUGUGUGGCAGCGGUCGUGCAAGUGAAAAGGAGUUGACGGAGUAAUAAAAAGACAUCUUACAUGUGCGGUAGAGUUGAAUAAAUAUCGAAUAAAAAACAUAAGGGGCUAGAAGGAACAGUUUGCCUAUGUCCAGAGCCAACGAGUGUCGCUGGUGAUUGGGCCGGUGAAGUUUAGUUUGACAAAAUAAAUAAGUAAAUACCUCCGGGUGGACGGGGGACGGAAAGGAUCAAUCGAAGCGUGAAAAAAAAUAUCGAAAAUUCCUGAGCGUACGUUGGAAAGGAGAGAGGCCGUUCUGGUCGGCAACGUUCCAUCAUUAUUAUAUUUAGUAUUCUCAAACCUGUGGAAAUAAAAACGGCCAAACCGAACGGCGAGGGGGGGAGGAAAAAAAACCACGGGGACGCAUUGUGUUACCAGCGCUAAACAAAAAUGGCGGACGGUGAUUCGAGGGUAGACCGGUCGGAUCCGGAGCUACGUUACUUAUCUGUGGAUAGAAAUAAUUUUAAUGAUCCAGCAACACAGGCUGAAUGGACACAGAAGAAAUUAGUAUGGGUGCCACAUGAGACACAGGGCUUUGUUGCUGCUGGUAUUAAGGGCGAGAGGGGCGAUGAGGUGGAAGUGGAAAUUGCUGAGACCGGUAAACGUGUACUCGUUGCUAAGGAUGAUAUACAGAAGAUGAAUCCACCUAAAUUUGAUAAGGUUGAGGAUAUGGCUGAACUGACGUGCCUCAAUGAAGCGUCUGUACUUCAUAACCUCAAGGAUCGGUAUUACUCUGGACUUAUUUAUACAUACUCUGGCCUCUUCUGUGUCGUUGUCAAUCCUUACAAGAGACUGCCAAUUUACACAGAAAAAAUAAUGGAGAGGUAUAAGGGCAUCAAGAGGCACGAGGUACCACCCCACGUUUUCGCCAUCACGGACACCGCCUACCGUUCCAUGUUACAAGACCGUGAGGACCAAUCAAUUUUGUGUACUGGUGAAUCUGGAGCCGGAAAGACAGAGAAUACAAAAAAAGUUAUCCAGUAUCUUGCCUACGUGGCUGCCUCAAAACCCAAAUCGAAUGCUACCCCAAGUCCGGCGUUAAUAAUAGGAACCGGAGGCACAACGGAGAAAUUCGCGGGCGAAUUGGAGCAACAACUUCUUCAGGCUAAUCCCAUUCUCGAGGCAUUUGGAAACGCAAAGACAGUGAAGAACGACAAUUCGUCGCGUUUUGGAAAAUUCAUCAGGAUCAACUUUGAUGCAUCAGGGUACAUAGCAGGAGCUAAUAUCGAGACUUAUCUUUUGGAGAAAUCGAGAGCUAUCCGUCAGGCUAAGGAUGAGAGGACGUUCCACAUAUUUUAUCAGUUGCUGGCUGGCGCGUCUCCAGAACAAAAGAAGGAAUUUAUUCUCGAAGAUCCAAAACUCUACCCCUUCCUCUCGAAUGGUGCACUCCCAGUUCCGGGGGUUGACGACGCUGCCGAAUUCGCAUCCACCGUGAAAUCCAUGAAUAUAAUGGGAAUGACACACGAGGAUUUUUCAUCGAUAUUCCGCAUAGUAUCAGCAGUGAUGCUGUUCGGUUCAAUGCAGUUCCGCCAGGAGCGAAACUCAGACCAAGCAACCCUCCCUGACAACACGGUAGCCCAAAAGAUAUCUCAUCUGCUCGGUCUCAAUGUUACCGAAAUGACAAAAGCCUUCCUAAAGCCUCGUAUCAAAGUAGGCCGUGACUUUGUGACAAAAGCCCAAACAAAGGAGCAAGUGGAAUUUGCCGUUGAAGCGAUCUCGAAGGCAUGCUACGAGCGUAUGUUCCGUUGGCUGGUGAAUCGCAUUAACAGAUCGUUGGAUCGCACCAAGAGACAAGGCGCAAGCUUUAUUGGCAUUCUUGACAUGGCAGGUUUCGAGAUCUUCGAGCUCAACUCAUUCGAGCAACUCUGCAUCAACUACACAAAUGAGAAACUCCAGCAGCUCUUCAAUCACACUAUGUUCAUCCUGGAGCAAGAGGAAUACCAGCGCGAGGGCAUCGAGUGGAAGUUCAUAGACUUUGGUCUCGAUUUGCAACCAACAAUCGACCUCAUCGAUAAACCAAUGGGAAUAAUGGCACUUUUGGAUGAAGAGUGUUGGUUCCCAAAGGCAACUGAUAAAACAUUCGUUGAAAAACUUGUCGGUGCCCACAGUGUCCACCCGAAAUUUAUGAAGACCGAUUUUCGAGGAGUCGCUGACUUUGCCAUUAUUCACUAUGCAGGUAAAGUAGAUUACUCUGCAGCCAAGUGGUUGAUGAAGAACAUGGAUCCCUUAAACGAACACGUAGUGAGUCUUCUGCAAGCAUCAACUGAUCCCUUCGUCUGUCACAUCUGGAAGGAUGCAGAGAUCGUUGGAAUGGCGCAACAAGCCCUCACUGAUACGCAAUUCGGUGCAAGAACCAGGAAGGGAAUGUUCAGAACAGUCUCUCAACUUUAUAAGGAGCAACUGGCGAAGCUCAUGGUGACCCUCAGAAAUACAAAUCCCAAUUUUGUGCGUUGUAUAAUUCCGAAUCACGAGAAACGUGCUGGAAAAAUCGAUGCACCACUGGUCCUGGACCAACUGAGAUGCAACGGAGUGCUUGAGGGCAUUCGUAUCUGUCGUCAGGGAUUCCCGAAUAGAAUUCCAUUCCAAGAAUUCAGGCAGAGAUACGAAUUACUGACUCCCAAUGUUAUUCCCAAGGGCUUCAUGGACGGUAAGAAAGCUUGUGAGAAGAUGAUACAAGCACUUGAGCUGGAUCCUAAUCUCUACAGGGUUGGACAGUCCAAGAUAUUCUUCAGGGCUGGAGUGCUGGCACACCUUGAGGAGGAACGUGACUACAAAAUCACUGAUCUCAUAGUGAAUUUCCAAGCAUUUUGCCGAGGUUUCUUAGCGAGAAGAAAUUAUCAGAAGCGUCUCCAGCAAUUGAAUGCAAUUCGUAUUAUUCAACGCAAUUGCGCUGCCUAUUUAAAGCUCAGAAACUGGCAGUGGUGGAGACUCUACACUAAGGUGAAGCCCUUGUUGGAAGUGACGAAGCAAGAAGAGAAGCUUACGCAGAAGGAAGACGAACUUAAGCAGGUUCGUGAUAAACUUGAGAUGCAAUUGCAUUCUGCGCAAGAAUACGAGAGAAAGUAUCAACAGGCUAUUGAGGAGAAGACGAUGUUGGCUGAACAACUGCAGGCAGAGGUGGAACUCUGUGCCGAAGCUGAGGAGAUGCGAGCGAGACUUGCUGCAAGGAAGCAGGAGCUUGAGGAGAUCUUGCAUGAUUUAGAGGCUAGGAUUGAGGAGGAGGAGGAACGAAGCACUGCUUUAACUCAGGAGAAGAAGAAGUUACAGCUGAAUAUCAGCGAUCUUGAGGAACAAUUGGAGGAGGAAGAGACGUCGAGGCAGAAGUUGCAGUUGGAGAAAGUUCAGUGCGAUGGGAAGAUAAAGAAACUUGAGGAGGAUCUGGCCUUAUCUGAAGAUACAAACCAGAAACUUCUGAAGGAGAAGAAAUUACUUGAAGAGCGAGCAAACGAUUUGUCCCAAACCCUUGCUGAAGAGGAAGAGAAAGCCAAGCAUUUGGCUAAGUUGAAGGCAAAACACGAGGCAACGAUCGCUGAUCUUGAAGAACGUUUACUUAAGGAUCAUCAGCAACGCCAGGAGGUGGACAGAUCGAAGCGAAAAGUGGAGACCGAAGUAUCGGAUCUUAAGGACCAGUUGUCGGAAAGAAAAACUCAAGUUGAAGAGCUGCAGCUUCAACUGGGAAAACGAGAGGAAGAGUUGAAUCAAGUGAUGCUUAAAAUCGAUGAGGAAGCUGCAGCAAAAGCCCAGGCUCAAAAAGCCCUUCGAGAGUUAGAAUCUCAACUCGCUGAACUUCAAGAGGACUUGGAAGCCGAGAAAGCUGCAAGAAGUAAAGCCGAGAAACUCAAACGUGAUUUGAACGAGGAGCUUGAAGCCCUCAAGAAUGAACUCCUGGACUCUCUUGAUACAACAGCAGCCCAACAAGAGCUGCGAAGCAAACGUGAACAAGAGCUGGCCACCCUAAAGAAGAACCUCGAAGACGAGACAUCUCUACACGAGGCGACAGUUGCUGAUAUGCGUCACAAGCAUACUCAAGAGUUGACAGCAAUUAACGAGCAGAUGGACGCAUUGAAAAAGUCCAAAGCCGCUUUGGAGAAGGCUAAAAGCACUCUAGAAGCUGAGACAGCGGACAUGGCAACAGAAUUACGAUCUGUGGGUGCAAGUCGACAGGAGUCAGAUCGUCGAAGGAAGCAGGCGGAGCAACAACUUGUCGAGCUCAAUGGGAAACUGGCUGAAGUAGAGAGGACCAAGCAAGAGCUGGCUGAGAGGGUAACCAAGCUCCAGACAGAGGCAGAAACCAUUUCCCAACAGCUUGAAACCGCUGAACUUAAAGCAUCAGCUGCUGUGAAGGCUUCAGCUGCCUGUGAAUCCCAGUUUACAGAGUUAACUCAACAGCUUGAGGAGGAGACACGCCAGAAACUCGCACUUUCCUCGAAACUUCGAGCUAUUGAGAGCGAAAAGGAGAGUCUUCAUGAUCAACUUGAGGAGGAAGAGGAGGCAAAACGUGCACUUGACAAGCAAGUCCAAGCAAUGACAAUUCAACUUGCAGAGGCGAAAAAACGAGGCGAUGAAGAAGCUGAGGCUGCUGCAGUUCUUGAAGACGCUAGGAAACGUUGCAUGAAGGACAUUGAGGCUCUUCAACGUCAAGUUGAAGAGCUCCAAGCUGCUAAUGACAAGCUUGAUAAAUCAAAACGAAAAAUUCAGGCUGAACUUGAAGACAGUACUAUUGAACUUGAGGUUCAAAGGGGUAAGGUGAUCGAGCUCGAGAAGAAGCAGAAGAACUUUGACAAAGUUCUUGCUGAGGAGAAAGCUGUGUCUGAGCAGUAUGCAGAACAGAGAGAUGCUGCUGAACGUGAGGCCCGAGAAAAGGAGACUCGUGUUCUGUCAUUGACUCGUGAACUUGAUGAGCUCAACGAGAAGGUGGAAGAGUUGGAGAGGGGUCGUCGAGGGCUGCAGGCUGAGUUGGAUGAACUGGUGAAUAAUCAGGGAACAGCUGAUAAAAAUGUUCACGAGCUUGAAAAAGCCAAGCGUGCAUUGGAAUCUCAACUAGCUGAACAGAGAUCUCAGGUUGAAGAGCUUGAGGAUGAACUGCAGUUCACUGAAGAUGCAAAACUCCGUCUUGAGGUAAACAUGCAAGCAUUGAGAGCACAAUUUGAGAGGGAUCUUCAGGCUAAAGAGGAGCAGGCUGAGGAGAAACGCAGAGGCCUGGUUAAACAGCUUCGGGACAUCGAAGCGGAACUUGAGGAUGAGAGGAAGCAGAGGGCAGCUGCAAUUGCUGCACGCAAGAAGCUCGAGGCUGAUUAUAAGGAUGUUGAACAACAAUUAGAGAUGCAUAACAAGGUGAAGGAGGAUGCAUUGAAGCAGUUGAAGAAGUUGCAGGGACAGAUCAAGGAUUGCACGAGGGAGACGGAGGAGGCGCGUGCUGGAAGAGAUGAAUUAACUACUAUUGCCAAGGAGGCUGAGAAGAAGGUUAAAAUCCUUGAGGCUGAUCUUCUGCAGUUGACCGAGGAUCUUGCUGGGAGUGAACGGGCAAGACGUGCUGCUGAACAUGAAAGGGAUGAGCUGCAAGAGGAGCUCAAUAAUAAUGCUAAUAAGGGAACUCUGAUGCUGGAUGAGAAGCGACGUCUUGAGGCCAGAAUUGCUACUCUUGAGGAGGAGCUCGAGGAGGAGCAGUCAAAUAACGAGAUCUUUGUUGAUAGAUCGAGAAAGGGACAGAUUACAAUUGAACAGUUGACUACAGAUUUAGCUACUGAACGCUCAGCCACGCAGAAGUUGGAGUCUCAGAGACUGUUGCUUGAGAGACAGAAUAAGGAGCUCAAGGCUAAGCUUGCAGAACUGGAGACUGCUCAGAGGGCUAAGACCAAGGCCACGAUUCAGGCACUUGAGUCGAAGAUCAGUAAUCUUGAUGAACAACUGGAGACUGAGGCUAAGGAGAGAUUCGCCCAGCAGAAGGUUAAUAGGAAAUUGGAUAAGAAGUUGAAGGAACUAGGUCUGCAGUUAGAGGAUGAGAGGAGAAACGCUGAUCAGUACAAGGAGCAGGUCGAGAAGGCUAAUGCCAGGGUCAAAACGUUGAAGAGACAGUUGGAUGAAUCCGAGGAAGAGCUCAGUAGGCACAAGGUACAAAAGAGAAAGGCGCAGAGGGAGAUGGAUGAGAUGAUCGAGACGUCUGAGAAUCUCACACGUGAGGUUGCCAAUCUCAAGAGCAAAUUGAGACGAGGUGGAGGAGCUCCAAUCGGUCUGAGUUCCACAAGACUAACGAAACGCGGUUCAGUGCAGACUGGUGGCUCCGGUGACGAUUCGACAACUCAGGACGAGAGCAUCGAUGGCGAAGAGAGUAUCAACUGAACUCUUUCGAACUUUUAUGCAAUAACACCAUUAAAAUCUGCAUAAUAGUACGUCAAAUCAUCCAUAUGAAGAAAUAUGUAACAGUAACAUGAGACAAAACUUAACAGAAAAUAAUUAAGAAAACAUGUUCAACUCAAAGAUAUGAAUAUUUAAUAUUCGAUCAAUUAGCAAAAAAUGACACGUGCUGGGUGUCAUCAGCAAACGAGUAAUAGAAAGCAAUUUAUUUCCUUAAUUAUUACGUUAUUAUUAUUUUUUGGAAUGCGAAUUAGGAUUAUAUAUACGAGAAUGAUAAACUUCCAAACAAGAUGCCAUCGCAAGAAGGGAUAAAUAUUUAAAAGAAAAAUGAUGAGAAAUAAUGAAAAAAAUGAAGCAAAUGUGUACAUAACUUUACAUGCUUAACUAACUAACAUUGACCGCCGAGCGGUUUUAAUACAGAAAGUAAAAGCGAUUGUUGAUUCAUUGAUUAUCAGUAACAAUUGAACAAUCAAGUGGGAGUAAUGGAUAAAAUGAAAGAAAUGCAUGAGGGGUUAAAUCGCUGCAUAAUUAAUAUCUUAUGGAGAUAAGAGGAAAAUUAAUGAAAAUAAUGUUUCAAGAUGAAUGGCAGAAACAAUUAACAAACAGUAGGUAGGAAUAAGACAUUAAUGUUUAUUAGUAUUACAUUAUUUUAUUACUAUUAUUACGAGACAGCAUCAUCCCGAAUAAUAUUCGAAAGAAAUCGUUAAUUAUUUCAUUUUUUAAUGAUUAACGAAGUAAUCCGUAGAGGCAGAUAAUAAAAUGAUGGAAAAUCAGUUGUUCUUUUUUUUGUAUUCUAUGAUUUACGAUUUUUCGUAGAUGGACUACAGAGGGAUUAUGACAAUUUGAGUGUUUGUUUCAUUUUAAAAGGAUUUACGUUCUGGCAUUUACCUUUCCUUCCAGUAUUUCUCCUCUCUAGGCUCUGAAAACUCCCACUCCGUCUUUCUUUUUUUUUUUUAUCGUCUUUUAUACGAAUGUACCCGCACAUGCAUUUAUAUACAUAUUUUUCGGCAUUAUUAUAUAUAUUAUAUACAUUGUAUAUAUAAUAUAUAUUUAAUGAAAGUGUAGGGAAACCAGCUUUUCCCUGUCUGAAUCUUUAUACAUUUGCAUUUUUUUCUUUUGAGAAUAAAACGAAAAUGAAGUUAGA